AAUAAAAGCAUAUAUGACAGGAGGCACAACUCCAGCUUGCGCAGCAUGCAAAUACCAAAGAAGAAAAUGCAGCCCUAAGUGCCCGCUGGCUCCGUAUUUUCCGGCCAACCAGCCGAAGACAUUCCAAUGCGUGCACCGUUUGUUCGGCGUUUCGAACGUGACCAAAAUCCUACAAAGCCUAAAAACCGAUAUCGAAAGAGACGACGCCAUGAAAUCCAUCAUUUUCGAGUCCAAGAUGAGGGAGCGAUUCCCUGUGGAAGGGUGCACCAGAGUUAUCCAAGACCUCCAUCUCCAGCAUCACUACGCCCUCCAAGAACUCAACCGCGUGCACGCGCAGCUCGCCGCGUGUAGGAACCACCGCCACCCCUUCAUGAAUAAUAUGCCGCCUCCUGCCGCCGCCGAUCCUUCUUCAACUUGGGUCCCGGCCGGGGGGCCGCCGACCAAUUUUGAAUUGGGAUGGGUUGAUCCUCGUGUCUCGGAUAGUCACCCUUCUUGGCUUCCCGGGUCGACCCGAUUUGAUCCCGGGGCGAGCUCGAGCAAUGCGCCGCCGCCGCAGCCGACGACGACGACUAUGCCGGCUAAUUAUAAUAACGACUAUUUGAUGAAUGAAAAUAGCGGUGGGUUCUAUUCCGAUAGCGAUUUGUCGGCAAUCCAAGCGAUUCAAGGACAAAUGGGGUCGUUCGGUAUCCAACAAUUCCCGCGUCAAGAUCAAGAUUACCACGAAUCGGUGAUGAGGUCGAUGGAAGAGAAACUGUCGCAGAUUGAUCAUGGUCGUACCAAUGGGGCAUCGUUUGGUAUCCAACAAUUCCCGCGUCAAGAUCAAGAUUUCGACAAAAUCAGUGACGAAGACGACGAAAUCAGUGAUGAAGUCGACGAACCAUGAUCAUACCAAAGAGCAAUUUGAAUCGAAGUAUCUUUCAUUAGUUACGAAAGAUACCCCUAUGUUCCAUAUUAUCAGUAGCUUUAUAAUUUCAAUGUUGCAUUAAUUAUAUAUUUUUCAAGCAUAGCCUUAUUAAGUACUCUCCACACUUCCCGUUGAGUUUCAGAUGUUGGUUAAUAAAGAAUUUUUAUUUAAAAUACAAAUCAGUGAAAUGAAUGUCAAGA